AUGACGGGUGCACGGCAUCCCCAGAUCGUGGGCAAGACGGAAGCCGACGAGGCCGCGGUCCGGACGGCACUGGAGACGUUGGUUGCGGUCGACGGCGCGGCACAGUCGCCUGGUGCUGGCCGGUGGGCCGUGACAGCCAAUGGCCUGGGCAUCGAGCGCUCCUUUAAGUUUAAGAACUUUACCAAGACUUGGGACUUUAUGACGGCCGUGGCACUGCAGUCCAAGCUCAAGAAUCACCAUCCGGAGUGGUCGAAUGUCUACAACACGACGUUCAUCCGGUGGACGACCCAUAACCCUGGCCCUGGUUUGGCUCCUGGCCUGACUGUCAAGGACACUGAGCUGGCCGUGCUGUGCGACGAGCUCGCCCGCGCCUUUGGCGAAGUGGCUGAGGCACCCGCUCCGGAAGCGAAGGAGGCGAAGCCGGCCACUGCAACCGCUGCAGAGCCGACCUCGGUGGACAACGCGGCGGACACACUCUCAAGCCUGGCCAACAGCGCGGCAGGCGUAGCCAGCUGUGACUGCACCACGCGCAGCUGA